AUGGCCCAUCUACAACGUUCCGUCUUGAGGACGGCCACUGCGGCGCCUUUGGUGGCAAGAGCCUGCUACGCGCCUGCUGCUACGCGCGCCUUUGCGGGCUUUCCACCUCUCCACAAUGCACCCAAGCCCACUGGCGAGUCCAAGCAAAGCAGCAGCGGCGAUGACGAGUCGGGUCUCCUGCAGCAGAUCAAAGAUGAGAUCAAAGCAGCCAUGAAGGGAAAGCAGUCCGACGUGGUAUCUACGCUGAGGUCACUUCUCUCCGACCACCAAUAUGCCCUCAAGGCAGGAGGAGGUGCUGUGACUUCCCUCGCCUCUAUCCUCCAGAAGGCCAUCACCCGCCGCAAGGACUCUGCUCAACAGUAUACGGACGCUAAACGCCCCGACCUCGCAGAGAAGGAGCACUCCGAGGCGUCGCUGAUUCAGCGCUUCCUGCCUAAGCAGAUGGACGAGUCCGAGCUCAAGACUAUCGUGGAACAAGCGGUCAGCGCUGCUAGGGGACAAGGGAUUGAGGCGAAGAAGUUGUUGGGCGUUGUGAUGAAGGAGGUGCGCGGAAGGGUGGGAGGGGGAGCAGAGGGUAAGAGAUUGAAGGAGAUUGUGGAGAGGGUAUUGGGGGAUAGUGAGGCGGACAAGGGAAACAAGAAGUGAGCAAGAGGCAAGAGAGUGUAGGUAAAGGAAGGAGAUCGCAAAGAAACAAGGAAAUGCAACACGUCACCACUUGUUCAAGCUGCCACCGGCGACAUCUGGCCGCAAUGGAGGUACGCGCAGUGAGAGGG